UAUAAAUAGGGCGGGGUUGGCGUUAAUAAGUAUUUGAAGUGUACAAGUCUCCUCAUACAGAUCCAUCAUCAAGUGGGAAGAAAUAAUUGGUGGAAACUAAACAAGGUUAAGGACGCAAUAGAUAAUACUAACAAUAUUUAAUGAGGAAUUCCCUUGGAGAAAUCGAAAAAAAUGAGGCAUCGCCACAGGAAAUGACACAAAACAUCCGUCGAUACAUCACAUGCGGCAUCCAUCUUGUUCAAAUAGUAAGAUGGCGCUGUGCGGUGCCAGUAAAAUGGAUCCGGCCGAAGAACAAGAAGUCAAAGACGUCAAACCAAAAGCUGACUCAGAUGAAGACAAAAACCAGCAGCAACCACAACAACCGCAGCAACAACCUCAACAACGACCGCCACCAUCAUCCACCGUCAUCAAACGAAAUUUCAUCACAACUGCUGGAACAAUAGUUGAAAAUUACGACGAACAGCCUCCAGAGGCAGCAGGCGAAGAAAUAGUUAACACCUCUACGUCAACUCCACAAGAACAAAGUCCUGUGACGCACAAAAUUGAGUCUCCAGAAUCGGGAUCAUACCAAGAGAUUAUCACCCAACGAGACAUAAAGACUUAUUCGGUCGAGGUACCGGAUACUUACACAGCUUCCGGCACCUACUCCUCAGAGUUAUACUCAAUAGAUAACAGCAUGACAUCAGUUACUAUCUCUAGUGACUUGGAACAUCAAGGAGACUACACCAACUUGCAGACUGCUCAGUACAAUAACGGAUACACCGAUGCUUCGCAGUAUAUGGAACAGCAUCAGUACCAGACCCUGUACACUGAGAGAGGAGCCGUGGAUAGUUCUCCACCGGUUUUGUAUAGGAACGAUCCCAAUUUGGGGUCUUCUAGGUAUCAAGGCGACUACGAACCGUCCACGCAAACCCAAGUCAGCCUCCUCAACCCGUCCAGCGAAACCGUCUACUCCACAUUUCCCUCCACGAGCAGCGCCACCUACCACCAGUUCUACCAGAAUAACCCCAACGUCCUGCACCCAGCGGACAGCACCCAGGCGUAUGGGGGGGCGUACGUGAACACGGCCUGGUCCAGUGGCGGCGGCUUGGACGACGGGCACCGGGCCAGUCAAGAGGUACAAGUGAAAGAGUGCGUAAAUUGCGGCGCUAGUGUCACCCCCCUUUGGCGUAGGGACGGUACCGGUCAUUAUCUCUGUAACGCGUGCGGUUUGUACAACAAAAUAAAUGGGGUGCACCGGCCGCCGAUUAGGUCUCCUAAAAAACCACAGGCGAUCGGAAACAGACGAAACGGAGUUCAGUGUGCCAACUGCAAGACAAAUACAACAACUCUUUGGCGACGAAAUAAUCAAGGGGAACCAGUAUGUAAUGCAUGUGGACUAUACUUCAAAUUACACAAUGUUAACAGGCCGAUCAGUAUGAAAAAAGAAGGCAUCCAGACACGUAAACGAAGACCAAAGAAUUCUUCCAGCGUUUCUAGCGCAGGAGCAUCGAAUCAAGUCAGAUUGGCACCUUAUAUGGGUUACCUCCAAGUUUCGGAUGAAUUGCCUCAAGACCAGUACCAACCUCCCAUGAACAUUUAUCCAAAUUCCAAUCAACCAGUCUACAACCAAUACACCCCAGCUGCAAUCGAACAACUUAGAAAUUUGAGCUAUGGAGUUGUCGAUAUAAGAUUCAGCAACAUUGCUUGA